AUGAAGAAAGACACGGACGCUUUGUGCCGAUUCCUCUUGUCCCGGAAGCACCUCGUCAUGCAGUUCCUGCCGCAUCCAGAGCUGAAUCUCCACGCAGAGUUGUUUCCGUGGACUGUCGAGGAUGUCCAGUCGUCGUUGUUGGACUUGAAAAGCCCAUCACAAGUGACCAAGUGCUGGCAGUGCUCGGGUGCAUACGUGGCAGCUCCCCCGAGCAGCUGGUCGUGCUCUGUCGGCGGCGACGUUCAGCUGUGGCACGCGCUCGUGCAUCACGUCCCGACCACUGCCAUCGCCGUCGUCGAAUUGUCGCCCCGCCCACAAGAGUCGAGUCUGGUCCAACAGGUGGCGCUGCUGCAAAAUCAAGUGUUGUGCAGCAUGCCCCGCGACGGCCGGACACUAAACAUCGGUCAAGUGAUCGAGUCCAGCCAUGUGCUUCGAAAGCCAGACGACGCGGUGCUUUAUGUAGCCCACGGGGAUGGCUGGGUAUUUGACGUGGAUCCAAGCGAUGGCAUGGUGUUGUUGGAAGAACAAGUGUUGGCAAGGGACGCUAUACCUGCCCAUCCCCCUUCUUUGUAUUAUUCGUUGAGCGCGACAUUGCAAGAGAUGGUGCAAGCCAAGGAAUCGACGUCUACGAAAGGCUGGCUCGAGUUUGGCUCGGUGGGAGAAGGCUGUACCGUGGACACCCCGAAUAUCGUCACAUGUGAAAGCGAUGGCCAAUGGACCACUGCGCUGGGCAACAAAUCCAUCAAACAAGGUUCUGGCAUAUACACGUGGCGCAUCCAAGUUAUCAAGUGCGCCAACGUGGGGCAGAUCCUCUUGGGGCUAAGUACCAAACCAUCGUGUACUGCAUUGACUGCGCUUUGCAUCGGGACGACCGUCGACAGCUUUGGGUGGAUGCUCACUGGGGACUUUUACCACUGCGGCCAGCGAUCCCAGCACACCUCGACAUUGCCUCUAUUUAGCUCCAAGAGCAUUCCAUUAUUGGACUUGAUUGUCAACACCACAGCCAACACCCUCGUAGUGUGCAAUGCCGACACGGGGGAGCCAUACGGGCCAGCGUACGCGCUCGAGCUGGCGGCGGGGGCCGAGUACUUUCCCGCGGUGAGUCUGUUUCGACGGCACGAUUGCGUAGCGUGGAAGAGUGCGAUUUUGUUUCCGUCCGAGUGGAGUCUGACACAGCAGAAGCAGCGGUACGUCGUGCCGGCGGUGGUGCCAACGUCGAUGGCGCUGUCAUGUGCGAAGGAGGUGCUGGGCGUGUUUCGAGAGGCCACGCACCACGACAACAACGACGCCGUGAGGAUGCGGUGGCUGGGACCGAUGGUGGCGCAGUUCGAACAUGUGCCUGUGGACAAGUAUGCUAGACGAACGCGACUACUUGAUCGAUUUGAUCGAAGACAUCUUGCUCCAUCGACAGUCGAUGGUGGUAACGACCGAUGA